AUGCCUGAUGGUCUGAAAGUUCCUGGCAAGCGUGACAGUCCUCAGAUUCCUGGCAUGCCUGAUGAUCUUACAAUUCCUGACAUUCCUGAUGAUCUUAUACCACCUGGCAUGUAUUCUUACAGUCAUAAAAUGCCUGACGUGCCUGAUGGUCUUCAAAUUCCUGACAAGCCUGAUAUUAAAGUUCCUGGCAAGCCGGAAGGUCUUAAAAUUCCAGCUUUACCUGACGGUUUUAUAAAGCCUGGCAUGUAUUUUUACAGAUAUAAAAUUCCCAACAUGCCUGAUGGUCUUCAACUUCCUGGCUUUGGUGAUGCUCUUCAAAUUCCUGGCAUGACUGAUGGCCCUAAAAUGCCUGGCAUGUAUUAUUAUUGUUAUAGAAUUCCAGGAAAGCAUAGAGGCCAUAAAUGGCGUUGCACGUAUGAUGGUUCCCGCAUUUGUCCAUACAGACGCAGAGGUCAGCGAAGACGUACAUGGCCUGGCUUAUGCUAUGUCACCUACUCUGUGAUUGGCAAAUCUCAUUGCAGACCUUCAAGUCGUUGCAAAGGUAAACGAUGUGUUUGGAAAGGGAAACGCUGCUGCAAAAGGAAAUUUUGCUGCAAGUCAGUGGUGAUCCAUGAUGGACAGAGCAGGCUGUUGAAGUGUAGGAAAUUACUUGUUCCUUCAAACACUGCAGGUCUUGUGCCAUGGCUUAAAGAGCCCAAAGGUCCUGCAAUACCUCACAUGCCUAUAGGUCCUGAAACACCCAAAGGUCCUAAAAAGCUUGACAGGAAUAGAGGUCACGGCAGAAAUUCAUUUACCCUCACACGUAGAGGGUACAGAAAAUGCACCAGGCCUGGCACACAGUUUAGCAUUGACAAAGUUAGAUGUUGUCGUAAAGGCAAACGUUGUGCUAAGAAAGGGAAAUGUUGCUGCAAGUUACUGGUGAUCUCUCAGGGACAGAGUCGGAAGCUAAAAUGUCGCAAGUCAGUAGUUCCUACACACACUGCAGGUCAUGUGCCAUGGAAUAAAAAGUCCAUAAGUCCUAAAACACCCAGCAUGCCUAAAGGUUCCAAAGUUCCCAAAACUCCUAAAACACAAAAAUCUUCUAAGAAUCCCCAAAAUUCUAAAAAGCGAAAAGCUUCUAAAAAGCACAAAAGUUCUAAAAAGCGCAAACCUUCUAAAAAGCGCAAACCUUCUAAAAAGCGCAAACCUUCUAAAAAGCACAGAGCUCCUAAAAAAGCCAAAGGUUCUAAAAAGUCCAAACGUUCUAAAAUUUCUGGCAUGCGUAAAGGUCCCAGCAAAUCCUCACAUAUCAACAGAUCUAAAGGUCACGGAAGACAACAACAGCCUGGCACACACUCUGGCAAUGGCAAGUGUUGCUGCAAAGGAAAUUCUUGCUGCAAGUCACUGGUGAUUCCUGAGGGAGAGAGCGGGGAGCUAAAAUGUCCAAAGGGGACAAUGGUCCAGGUGCGGUAUGCCAUCUACGGUCGUCCAAGUAAAGCGGUUUGUGCAAGAAAACAGCGGAGGGAUAAAAAACAAAGCUUGACCUGCACCGAAAACAUCACCAAUAUCAUGGCCCAAAGGUGUAACAAGAAGUCUGGAUGUGAAAUCAAAGCAUCUUCUGCACUGGCAGGAGUCCCCUGUCAACUCGCCAAAAAAUACCUGUCUGUUGGUUACCAAUGUGUCUGAGGGGUUAGGCACAGAUAUAAACAUACGGCAUGGUUUUUAUUUUCUAAUAUAUCUUAAUGGUAGACAACUGGUGGCAGGAUAAAAAAAAAUUCCAUAACUUUCAUGUUCUAUCUGGAUAGGGUUCUCUCACAAUGCAACACUCAACAGAAAAGAGGAGCAACACAAAGCCAAAAUUAAAUCUAACUGUGGUGCUCCAGAGCACACACUUAACAAAUACUUUAAAUACUACAUACACUACAAGUACAAGUAGAUCUUAAUAGUAGCAUUAACAAGUCAUCUACCUUUGAUCAAUUUCUUGACUCACUUAAGGUUUCAAAUUUGGAAUUGGCAGUCUGUUGUUUAAUAAAUGCAAAAUAAAUACUCAAGCGUGACUACACUGUAUGGAACUGGGAUAUGGUGUUGAUUAUGUUUUCUUUAUUUCUCUAAAAAACAUGGACAAGCAGCCAAAUAAUCAGCAACAAACCAGACAAAGAUAUGUGGUUAAAGACAAUGAAUUAUCUAUUAUUAUUAUCACUAUUAUUAUUGCACUCAAUAUUAUUGCUGUAAUAAAAACUACCAUUAUAAUUAAGUGUUAUAUAUGCAUAAAGAAAACAUUUUAUUAUAUAAGUAACCUGAGUUAUGUGCUGUGAUUUAGCGUGCUUCAGUGUAUUGCCUAAAUGCAUUAGUUCCUGCACUGUUUUGUUCUUUUCAUCCUAAUGUUUGGGCUUGAAAAUUAACUUUAUGGAUCACCAGAUAAAAUGGCUUCUAAUUUCUAAAAUGAUCAACCACUCUAAAUUCUAAAGUUUUAAAUUUUACUAGAAUUGACAGUUAAAAAUUAGAGACAAUAUAGAUGACAGUGGCUUAAAUCCACUACAGUUAAAUCCACGCAAUGAGAUGUUUCUCAGUAAACUGUCCCCAAUUGGAGUAAACUGAGAGAGUUUGUACCCACAUUCAUAAGUGUUAAUUUCAAGCCCUGCUGGUAUCUAUUGUCCUAAUAAUAAGAAAUAAAAUUCAAAUUUAUCUUUGAAAAA